ACUCCUUCACAAUAUUCCAAAAUUUGUAGUGAACAUUUUUUAUCUAGUGACAUUUUAGAUAGACCUGGUACAUACAAAAAACAUUUAAAACCAGAUGCUGUUCCGACAUUAUUCCCUGCUAUGCCUUCAUAUUACCAACCAAUUCCCAAAAAGCCUAGACGUAUAGUUCAACGUACAAUACCAAAAGAAGUCACUGUAUUGAGAAGUAAUGAGAACCAUCAAGUUAUGUCAUCAUCUAAUGAAAAUAACACUGAAGUUGAAAUUUGUUCAAGUGUAUCAAUUGAAAAUCAAAAUCUUAAAAUUGAUAAAAGUGUUCAAACUGAAGAAAAGCUUCUAGAUCACAGUGUUAUUGCUUUGAGACACAAAGUAAAAAUUUUACAACAAAAAGUUAGGAGGCAACAGUUAAAAAUAUCAAAUUUGAAAUAUUUAACAAUAUCAUUAAAGAAGAAAGGUUUUGUUGAUGAUUCAGUAGAAAAUGUAUUACUUGAUCAAUUUGAUGGUAUGACAUUAGAACUUUUUAAAAACCAGCUUAAAAAUGCUAAAAAGCUUCCGCAUGGACGUAGAUAUACUGAUGAGUUGAAACGGUUUGCUUUAACAUUGCAUUAUAAUUCUCCUAAGGCUUAUAAUUUUUGUAGAAGUACAAUAACUUUGCCACACCCAUCAUAUUACGAUUGAUACAGUAUUUAUUUAUAUUAACUGAUCAAAAUGAU